CUGGUCGAAGCGCGAGGAGUCGUGAAGCGCUUCGGUGGCCUCACGGCCGUGCACAGCCUCGAUCUGACCCUUCGGGAAGGCGAGAUCCUGGGCCUCAUCGGCCCGAAUGGCGCGGGCAAGACAACUCUCUUCAACCUGCUGAGCGGCCAAUUUCCCCCCGACGCCGGACAGAUUCGCUUGCUUGGCCGGGAAAUCCAGCACCUUCCGUCCCACCGGAUCUGCCGGCUGGGGCUCGCGCGCACCUUUCAGGUCCCGCGCCCCUUCCUGGCAAUGACGGUGUUCGAAAGCGUCCUGGUCGGCGCGCAGUUCGGCCGGCGCGUCUCCGGAGUUUCCCCUUCCGACACGGCGGAGGCAUGCCUUUCCCUGACCCGGCUCGGAUCCCGUCGCGAGGCGCCCGUCCAUUUCUUGAACCUGGCCGAACGAAAGCGACUCGACCUCGCGCGCGCCCUCGCGACCAGACCCCGGGUUCUCCUGGUCGACGAGGUGGCAGCGGGCCUCAAUCCCACCGAAGUGCGCGAAACCGUGGGGAUCUUGAGGGAGGUCCACGCGAGCGGUAUCGGCAUCAUCUACGUCGAACAUGUAAUGGAAGCGGUACUGGAUAUCUCCCAUCGUGUUCACGUGCUCGACCACGGCGCCACGAUCGCGAUCGGAACCCCCGAAGAAGUAACGCGGAAUCCCGCCGUGAUCGAGGCGUAUCUCGGCCGGUCGGCCGGAUCCUGA